UACGAAUAUCGCGCCAGCAAAGCGCGCUGUUGACCCGCGCCUCAGGAAGCGAUAAAGGGGCUGUCUUCUGCUGUAGUGCCAUUUCGUGACGCUGUUCGCACCGGAUAGUGUGUUGCGACCGUCAGCAAGCGAUGCCUGCUCGAAGCCAGCGGUACGCGCUGGUGGGGUUCUCCGACGUGCUCGACUGGAAGCCCCUGGACUUCGUGAGGCCGCUACCGCCGUGCAUAGUGUGCGCCGUGUGCAGUGUGGUGCGCGCAGUGAUCACGCCGUUGCCGUGCGGUCACUCGCUGUGCGACUGCUGCAGCGAACAGUGUGCGGUGGACGGCGGUCGCCAGUGUCCGCUGGAUGGCGACCGCUACGCGGACGACGACGUCGUCAGGGCACGCUUCGGAGCUGACUACGUGCUGGAGAGAGAGGUUUACUGCUGGAACAGACAGUCUGGAUGUGAAGCCAUCUUGGCUGUCUCCGAGGUCUACACGCAUUUUCGCAGUGAAUGCAGACACCACUCUACGUUUUGUCCAAGAUGUUCCGAGACUGUUCUGCGCAACACGGUGUGCACACACAUCAGGUUGAACUGCAGUACUCCGGUGAUAACGAGUACUUCACUGAGAUCGCAAGAGCUGACUUCGACAGACGAAAUGAUCACGAGAGCAACCAAACAAGUUCUGGAAAAUCCUGUGGCAGAAAUUAAGGCCGCGUUGCACGCCAUUCUGAGCGAAAACAAUGCGCAAAGCAAUGCACUGAACGAUCUCUGUCUGAAAAUGGACGACGUGAUGGAUGUCAUCAUGCAAGAGUCGCGAAUGUCCCAAAUCGGAGAACGCUUCGCAAGUGCUUCUGAGCGCAGUGGCACUGACCAUUCGGUGGCACAGCACUUCGUGACGUCUAACAGUAGUUUAGCAGAAAUUUCUGAAAAUCUUCGCGGUUUAAGGGACGCCAUGACAAAAGUGGAACUCGCAACAAACCGCCACCGGGACACGCUGGCAGAAGCAACCGCAGAGGUUGGCGCAAUAAAAAUGGAAGUUGUUGAGGGUAAUCAAAAGAUAUUGCACGGAACAGAGAAAGUGAUUGCUCACUACUCAGUCCUACUUCGGUUUUACGAUUUCGUUGUACAAGGAAUUGACUCGCUAAAGCUUGCUGCAACCUUCGAGGGCAAGGCUCAUUUUCGCUGCAGUAAGAUAUAUUUGCGCGGCUAUUGCAUGUCGCCAGGAGUGUCCUUGCUGAAACAGGAGCAGUCGUUCUCGCUGCAUAUUCUGAUCUCUCUUCACAAGGGCGCAAUCGAUGACUUCGUGGAGUGGCCCUUCACGGAAAUAAUAAUGCUCAGCGUAAUACACCCGAUUUCCAGUCUGCAGCGCGAUAUUCGCUGCGAUUUCCCUCAGAAUGGCUCAAUCUUUCGGGAGAAACCAGUGGAGUCCAGCAACGAAGGAUCUUCCGUAAGUCCCUCGCUCUGCUUGAACGUUCUAGAGCGGGACGGAUACGUGCGGAACGACCAAUUACAAUGCAGAUGGACACUUCUGUGAAGUUCAGUGCAGUGCUCAGAACGGUUUCAAAACUGUUUCGCGGAAGGUCGUGAAGAGGAGGAUGUGCUCAUUCCGAAAUUCGUAUGUUUUCGAAUGCAGCGUUCGACGCGAAAACGUGCCAUUGUCAAAGCUGUUUUGUGUAUAUCAGCGUCAUGUGACUGUCUUUUAUAAAACUGUAUCAUCUGCGA